GUUUAUUCCUACGUUUAUUGUGCAUGUUCUUAGUGAGACAAUAUUUUGUAUCAGUGUUAUGUAUGUAUGAAUGUACUUUUAUACAUAUUACAUAUACAAUUAAUUGUGAAGCACAUAUAUAUUAGUUGUAAAAUAACAUAAUAAUAAAAAAAUACUAUGGAUGGUAUCUUUUCAUACUAUUGUUACCUCGGUAAAAAAUAUAUCACAUAAAUAGUUAUUUAAACAAAUAAUAUCUAAAAUAUAUAUCGACAAGUGCAUAUAUAAUAUAAAAAAACGAUCUAUUAUUUGAUAUUUAACAUCAUCACUAUUAUUAAGUUAUAAUGGUUAUGGAAGAGCAAGAAAUUGGGCUAGCUUCAGAAUCUAUACCCGUACCACGAGUACAUGACUCUUUAGUUAUUGAAGCUCAACAACAACAAAAACAGAAUAAUAUUGUAUCCACUAAUACUAAUACUGAUACUGUGUCAAUGACAGUACAUCAACAACAACAGGAAACAGAAACAAGUAAUAAAACAGGUCAACGAAAACCACGACUUCGUAAAAAAGCUUUACAUGCUGCUAUUCUUAAGCAAAUGGAAUUUUAUUUUAGUGAUGCUAAUUUGAGUAAAGAUCGUUUUUUAUCAAAUUUAAUUAAAAAUGAUCCUUAUGUUAGUUUAUCAAUAUUUAUUAAUUUUAAUAAAAUAAAAGCACUUACUACUGAAACAAAUCGUAUUGCUAAAGCAUUAGAGUCCUCUAAAAUAUUAUCUUUAUCAGAAGACAAUACAAAGGUUUGUCGUAAAACACCUAUUAAUAUACGUGAAAAUUGUGAUGAUUUUACAGUCUAUGUUCAAGGAUUACCAUCUGAUGCUGAUCAUGAUUGGCUUAUUAGUAUUUUUUCUCAAUACGGUUCUGUUGCAUAUGUAUCUAUACCACGAUAUAAACGCAAUAAAAAAUUAAAAGGAUUUGCAUUUGUCGAAUUUGAUAGUAUUGAAGGUGCUGAAAAAUGUUUAAAAGCAUUUCAAGAUAAACAUUGUAUAUUACCAUCUCACACAAUGCCAGAAGAUAUUUUGAGUAUUACAACUUAUACUAACGAUCAAGAUACCUCAUCAUUGUCGUUAAUUAAUAAUAAAUCUAAUACUAUUACUACUACAACUAAUAUUAAUACUGUCAAUAAACUUGAUGAUCAACUUUAUUCAAAUAUAUCAAAUAAAAAAAUUGAUGGCAAUAAUGUAUCAUCAUUGUUGGUAAGAAAACGAUCUUUACCACAGAUUACCACUGUCAUUUCAGAAAUUCAUGCUAAUAAUCUUAAUUUGAAUAAUGAUGAUAAUAAUGAUACAAAUCCGAAAAAAAUAAAAAUUGAUGAAUCAACUAUCACAGAUGAAAAAAAUAUAUGUAUAAAUGAUGAUAGUAAAACUAUUAAAGAACAUAAUUGUGAUGAAGAUGAUGAUGAUGACGAUGAUAAAAAUGAUGAUAAUGAAGAGAAAAAGAAAAAAAAAAGAAAAAGAAAAAAUAGAAGUAGCAAAAAUGAACAUCAUCAUCAUCAUCAUCAUCAAGAACAAUCAGACAUUAUAGAUUUCGGGCUUCGUAUAAUGGCAAAAAAAGAGUGGAAAAAAUUAAGAAAUAAAUACCUCCAAUUACAAAGAGAUAAAAUGAAACAGCUUAAGCAACAUCUUUUAAAAAAUAGUAAUCGAUGGAAUGUCAGACUAUCAUCUUCAAAUGAUAAAAUUAAAUAUGAUAAGAUGGAUACAACAAUAACAACAACUAGUAAUAAUACUACUACUACUAUGAUUGAUCAAGAUCAAGAUCAAGAGCAAGAUAAAAAUUCACAAAAACAAUGUUCAGUUCCGAAAUUUAGUUUUGCUCAAGGUUUAAUAAUAAAAAUUGAACUUGAUGAACCAUGUUCUAAUCCAAAAAGUUUAAAAAAUCAACUUAAAUCUGCUGCCAAUUCUGAUGCCACUGAUAUUCAGUAUAUUGACGUAAAAGAAGGAGAUAAUUAUGUAUACAUUCGAUGUGAUACUGCUUCAGCGGCAGUUAAAUUACUUGAAAAAUAUUAUGAAGAUAAAACUUCAAUAAUAUUGACAGGAGAUGAAGAAAAAAAUUAUUGGAAUAAAAUGUAUAAAGAUAGAGAACAUAAAUUGAUGAUGGGUAAAAAAAAUCGUGUUAAACAACGAGGAAGAAAUAAAUUACUUAAAAAAGCUGAAAAAGAAUUAGGAAAGCAUAUACGAUUUGAUGAUUGA